ACCCCUGGCAAUUCACCACUCAAAAUUGAGGAUCUCACUGUUGAUCUUAAUUGACAGGGGGAGGUUUCUAUUGUGAGAACUGGUUGAAUGAGGACCUCCGUUUUCUGGAUGUUUAGUGAAAGGCCCAUUUUCUUAUGUGCUUGGAAGAAGGAGUCAACUAUGACCUGGAGCUCAGUUCCUGAGUGAGCUCACGCAAGCAUCAUCUGCAUUCUGAAGCUCUAUGAUUGAGGUUUGAGUGGUUUUGGUUAUGCAUUGGAGUAAGCAUAGGUAGACCAGUAUCCUUUUAGGAAAAGAGCAUUUGAGGACCAGGAUCUCAAACCCAUAACUAAGGUCAUGGUUUCUGCUAUGAACUUCGAAGACUUGGACAACUUGCAGGUAGCACCACCAGCUGUGCCUUCGCAAGAUCCUCAAAUCUGGUACUGAGAAAAGUGGUUCAAAAGCAGCGUCCUCCCCCAAGCCAACAUAACCAGCAUCAAGGUGGUAAUCACAACAAAACCACCUCUGCUAGGUGGGACAUGUUCAUAUGCCUGACACCAGAAUCCUGAAGCUGCUGUUCUACCCAGAGCUUGGUCUUGGCAGGACACUUCCAUGAGGACAACAGAACCAUUUUAGGGAUGCUCCUUUGAAGGUAGCAAACAUCCCCAUUGAUUCAUGGGAGUUCACAGCUUGUGAAAAUUGAGAAGUUUUGUUUUCAAAGGCACCGAAUACAACAAGAGACUUUGUCAAGUGUCUGCAGAGGCAAAGUCGAAGCGUCGGUGAGAGCGCACAAACCUCCAAACAAUCCAUUUGCCCAACCAUUCAAGCACCACCUGCCCUGAAUUGGCAGAGUAUCCUAAUCACACACUGGACAUAUCAGCCAGCACAGAACCCAUCAAACCGGCGAAGAAGCAAUCAUCCUCAGUCCUGAGAGACUUCCUAAGAAAAAUAAGAACCUCCUCCAGCCAUGCAACCCUCCAAUCACUAUACUUCUCCAAUUUUUAUAAGAGCCUGGUCAGGCUGCACUGACUAUUGUGUGUUUCCAGUUUUUAAAAAAUGCAAGAGGACUGGAGAAUGCGUAAAAUGAAAACCACCUGAGAGGUAGAGCAAGUAAAGUUGCUAGACCGAUUUACUUCUAAGAAAUCAGCUGUAGGAACACUUUACUUGACUGCAACCCAUCUGAUUUAUGUAGAAUCGUCACCAGAGGUUCGCAGAGAGACAUGGCGAUAGAGAAGCUGCCCCUUACUUCUACAGGAUGUCCAUUGCUGAUUCAUUGCAAGAACUUCAGGGUUGCUCAUUUCGUUAUUUGUCGAGAACAUGAUUGUCACGAUGUUUACAGUUCACUUCUCAGACUAUCACAGCCAGUUGUGUUUGAGGAACUUUAUGCUUUCUCAUACAACCCUAAGCAGAAUGAAAUGGACAGAGGAAUGGGUUGGAAAAUAAUAGAUAUAAGAGAAGAAUUUCAGCGUAUGGGAGUACCAAAUGAACACUGGGAGCAGACUGAUGUAAAUGAAAGUUAUGAGACCUGUAAUACAUAUUCGACAUUUCUAUGUGUACCAAAAGGAGCAAGCAAACCAAUAAUAGUGGGCAGCUCGAAGUUCAGAAGUAGAGGGCGAUUUCCUAUUCUUUCAUAUUUUUUCAAGAAAAACAAAGCUGCCAUCUGUCGAUGUAGUCAGCCCUUGUCAGGAUUCAGUGCCAGGUGUGUGGAGGAUGAACAGAUGCUACAAGCCAUCAGCAAGGCCAAUCCAGGAAGUUCUUUCAUGUAUGUGGUAGACACAAGACCAAAGCUGAAUGCCAUGGCAAACAGAGCUGCUGGGAAGGGAUAUGAAAAUGAAGAUAAUUAUUCCAACAUUAGGUUCCAGUUUAUUGGUAUUGAGAACAUACAUGUGAUGAGAAACAGUUUGCAAAAGCUUUUAGAAGUAUGUGAACUGAAGGCCCCAUCAAUGAGUGAAUUUCUCACUGGUUUAGAAAAUUCUGGGUGGCUUCGUCACAUUAAAGCGGUCAUGGAUGCUGGUGUCUUUCUAGUAAAGGCAGUGGCUGAAGAAAAUGCUAGUGUUUUGGUUCACUGUUCUGAUGGGUGGGAUCGUACUGCUCAAGUUUGCUCACUGGCUACGCUUCUCCUGGAUUCCUACUACAGGACAAUAAAGGGAUUUAUGGUUCUUGUAGAAAAAGAAUGGAUCUCUAUGGGACACAAAUUCUCCCAAAGAUGUGGGCAUCUAGAGGGUGACCCGAAAGAAGUUUCUCCUGUAUUUACCCAGUUUAUUGAAUGCACCUGGCAUCUGAUGGAACUGUUUCCAUGUGCUUUUGAGUUUAAUGAGAAGUACCUGCUGGAGAUCCAUGACCAUGUCUUCUCCUGUCAAUUUGGCAACUUCAUUGGAAACUGCCAGAAAGAACGUCAAGAGUUAAAACUUCAAGAGAAGACUUAUUCCUUGUGGCCAUUCCUUUUGGAGAAGCAAUACCUCUACCAGAAUCCCCUAUAUAAAUCCAGUGCAGUAAAUGUUGUAUUGAAGCCCAAUACUGCACCUUUUAAUUUCAAAUUCUGGUGUGGUAUGUAUAACCGUUUUGAUAGAGGAAUGCAUCCAAGACAGUCGGUCCUGGAUUGUCUACAUGUUUCAAUGAAACAGAAAAUAGAGCUGGAGGGAACUGUAGCAGAUCUGAAUCAAAAACUAACUCAACAGGAUGAGUCACAUUCUGAUACUACCUUUAUCUUACCUAUGAAAUUUUCCAUUGAGGAAGAUUCCUCCCAGCCACAAGUACUUGGUGCUCCUCUGGACUAUAUGGAAGAACAGCAAAUUCUGUUAGCAAAUGGCUCAGAAGAGGUAAUAGAAACUGUUUCUGAUCCGAGCAAAGAGAGGGACAAUGUGAUAGAUUCAUCUUUCACACAUCAGUCUACUUUGAAUAACAUUGACUGCCUUGGGUUAGUCAAGUUGAAUGUACAAGUCGAUGAAGAAAACCAUCAAAUAUCCCAAGAUGCAAUAGAAAAAUAAUUACUUAUUUCCAAAGAACUUGUAAGUCUUUGUUCACAAGUGUAAUCGUCUUGAUAUAAAAUAUCACUCUGCAAAAGUAUCAGAAAGGGCAAAUGCCAACAAAUAGCUUUUUAACAAAGGGAAGAUUGCUCAACAUCUGUCAGGGAACCUGACUGCUUCAAUAUCAGGAUGUACUUCAAAGGGAACAUUUUACAAAAUUACGCUCCUGGUAUGGAUCAUCACUUGCCAAAAAUCCAUUUUGAAAUUUGGGCAUGUCCAUAAUGGAUGGGAAAUUGUGGUUAUUUUCCACCUGAAUUCCCCGCAUGCUUCUAGCAGCGAAGUUCAGAUGUUAUAAUCUGUCCAGUUAUUGGAAGUUUGUCUUACUGUAUUUCUUAGACUUUAAAGGACCAAUCUCAAUAAGUAGCUUAAUUGUAGUGUUUGAGGGUGUGGUAAACUGUUAAGAAACCUAAACUGGCUGCUUUGUAUAUAUGUUUUCUAAAUUGGAAGUUCUUAAAGUUUUAGAUUAAAUAAUUUCUAAUGAAUAAACAGAUUAUGAUUGAAUUUUCCUUUUUAAUCUCUUUGUCCAGCUUUCUCCCCUCAUGCCAUUCUAUUACCUUUGUUCAGAAAUGGCUCCAUGGCUGCCACAUCUGAUAUCUUACCCAAGUGCCCAUUCGAUGUGUAAUCCAACGAAACAUGUUAUUCUCCAUUGAUAUUUGAGUCUAAUUAAGUUUACAAUAAUUCUCUGCCACAUGCAUUUCUCAGCAAGAGUCACUGCAUUGUAAUUAGGGACAGGAGCUCUGGCAGAUUUUUAAGGCCAGUUGUUGCCUCAGCUGAGAUCAAGCAACUGGGCACACAGAGGGGAUGUGAGGAUUGAUCCAUGGAUUUCUGGCCAUGGUUAGAACCAGCCUACUUUGGGGAGACCCUUUAUGGGCUAAGUCACUGGAAGAGGUUGUAUUUCACUUUGUUUUUGCAAGAAAAUUUUUCUCAUUGGGUUGUCCUUUUCUAUUUUUUAUGAAAAGUAUUGCUCAUGGCAAAAUAUUUUCCAGCUCUUUGAGUGAUUGUGAGACAUUAUUACUUCACAUUUUGCCUGCUUUAAAAGUAGUUUUGGUGCUUUAUUUGCCAUAAUAGCGCUGAUUUAUUUUGAGAUCAUAUGGAAACAUCCCUUCAAGUUUAUUUUCUAAUCUAUUAUAUAUGUAGGUUGUCAAAGCUUUGCUUUUUUCUAACAUGUUUGAUAUAUUGUUUUGUGAUUUAUUAUCUGAAAGUGAAAUUCUAGUUUUUCCUAUUCCAAAGUUUCUUUGUCAUUUUCUGGGUUACUAAACAACUAACCUAAUCUCAGCUGGAGUGCUAUCUCUUUGCGAAUCCUUAUUGGGCGCACUAAGGAACUGAAAGAUCUAAGAACCAUGCUUUACAAUUCUUUUGGGAGGAGCUCUCAUGACCUGUGAAAUUUGUGUGUCCUAGAUAAUAUCAGAUGUGCAAGUUUCUCAUCUGUUACAAUGUCAUGUGCUGACAGUACAGAUUUUCUAUUGGGAUCUUGCCAAAAGCAAAUAAGUAAAAAAAAUGUAAAUAAAAUGUUGUAGAGUUUGAGUUUCCCUAAUGGCUAUUUAUUCAAGGCUGCUUAAAGUUUGAUCAUAUUCUCUGAAGAAAAUGUUUGAAUAAUGAUUAGAAUUUUAUGAAAUAAAUCAUAAAGUUGUCAUGAUUAGGAUUUUAUUAUACCCUGCAUCGAUCCAUUCUUUGACUAGACAUUUGGAACGUAAGGGAAUUGCUUAUACACAAGUCAUUGUGAUUGAUAUUACUGUAGCUCACAUUGGGAGUGUACAUAUUUGCUCAUCGGCUCUUGUAAAUCCUGGAUUGUAUAGCACCACUCCCUUCUCUCAACCUCUAGGUCACCCACUUAAAAGGAGACCAUACUUGUGCAAAUGAGAAGAAUUCCCACCGCUUAUUUGCUGACUGUCAGUGCAUGUACAGUUGAAGCUAGUUAAAUCAGAUUUUAAAUAACAAUGAAAUCAGAUUAAUUUGUGUUUUGGGAGGAGAGAAGUUGCUUUUAGUAACUUUUUAAAGAAUAUGGAAAGCAGCUAUCUUAUUGCAGCCUAUAUCUGUGUUCCUUGUAUGAGUACACCCAAAUCCUUCUGAACAUCAGUAUUUAGAAGUUUCGCACCUUUCAAAAAGAUAUCCUGCUUUUCUGUUCUUAUUACCAAAAUAACCUCACAAUUCAUUUGUCGAUUUGUUGUCCACUCACUUAAUAUGAACAUACGGACAAGAAGCAAGAGUAGGCCAUUCAGCACCUCGAGCCUGCUCUGUUAUUUAAUAAGAUCAUGGCUGACCUGAUAGUAACCUCAAAUCUCGAUUCCACCUACCACCGAUAACCUAUCACUCCGUUGCUUACCAAGAGUCUAUCCAUCUCUGCCUUAAAAAUGUUUAGACACUCUGCUUCCACCACCUUUUCAGGAAGACAGUCACAGUUUUUACUAAUUGAAAUACAUAGUAUGGGGUCCCUGUAUUUCAAUUAGUAAAAACUGUGACUAACUUCCCAUUUCCUCAGACAGGGUGUUGAGGCCCUUUGUAGCUUUCUUUUGUUCUAAAUUAAAUCAACUAACAGCACAGAAUAAGAAUUGAACCUGAGACAUUCUGGUUGAUCUAGCUCAGUUGACAUUUAUACCUUUCUUAAUCAUUUUAUAGACAGUGCCACAUUGGAUUUUAGUUGAUUUUUGAAUCUUAUUUAGGUACAUUUUAAGAAACUUAGAAAUUUUACCCAAAAUGAAGGCAACCCAAUGACAUUUUGUAUAAUUAACUUUCUAAAUUAUUUAUUUUUCUUUGGAUUAUUGAAAGUCAUCUUUCAGAUCAGAAUCGAUCAGCAAAAUAGUUUUAAGUUGACCUAUCGUCAAUAAAGGGACUUUUUAAAAUUCAGUUUAUGAUGAUGUAGUUUGUUUGCAGAUCAUUGAUUUGUGCUUUCUGCUUUGUAUGACGUUCCAUUGGAUAGCUGAUGCCUGUCAUAGAAGUAUUGAUCAAGGCAUGAGCCAAAUACAUUAGUGAACAGUGUUUUAUUUCAGACUUCCAACAGCUGCAGUAUUUCCCUUUGACUUUAGUCUAUGGAUUAAUAUUGAAUAUUGCCCAAAAAGGGAAGGCAUCCUGUUGCUGUUCAAACUUUGUGCAAUUAUUCAGUAAAUGAUCAAAAUUUGCCUUAGAUUUGACCACAAUUCCAUGUUGUAAUAUCAAUCAAUAAAUGUUUAAUGACCAGCUCCAAAUUGAAUUUUUCUAAGCAGUUUCUAAUAGUGUGACUACUGCUGCUUGUAUGAUUGUGAUCAACAUUUCCUCCAAACUGCGCAAAUGUGCGACCAUGCAGCAGUCCAGAACUUAACACUCGGGACAAAUAGGCCAUGGCCUAGAAGCGGCCCCUUUAAGAUGUGUAGCUGCGUUGCAAUUUUAAACGGACUGCAAAGUGCAACAAAUGGGCCACACAAUGUGAAGUGAAAUUAGAGAGAACAUUGAGAUAUUUAAUUUGCACAAAGCUGAAUUUGUUACUUUUAAUGUCUGUUUCACCUGUAUAUAGACAUUUUUUUAAAAAACCUAUUCUGUAUCUUCUCAGUUUCAAUCUUCAAAAGAUCUGUGUAAUUCCCUUUUAAUGUUCAACUUAAUUGCCAUAAUUUUUGGACAUUUGUUUUUAAAAAAAGGUUUCCUUAUUUUUUCAAUACUGCCGGGUAAAUGUUUCUGACUGAACGAAAGGAAAUAAAUACAAAUUUUAACUUGGAGAUUACUACACAGAAAUCAAUUCAGGGUAGUUGAGAGGCUAUUUUUGCCUGUGCAUUUUUAACUUGCCAACUUUACCCCUUCUCCUCCUUUCUUGUUGAUUUUUGGCGGAGUUUAGUUUCCUCUGCCAUCUUAAUCAAAUCCCCAUUAUUUAUGAGAGUCUUGGUCAUAUUUGUUGUCAUUCUAUUUGACCGCAUUUGGUGAGAAGGAUACAUCAGUUAAACUUCAGCCUGACCCCUGCUAAUGUUUAUACUUAUGCAUUUCCUGUUGGAAUUAACAGAUAGUGAUCAGAGGAGGAACCACAGCUGAUUUUUUUCUUUCUUCCCUCUUAUCCAAGAUUGGGAGGGGUGCGCUGUGGGGGUAACGAGAUUUGUACAGCCCUUACUGCUGCUGUGUGAAUUGGAGAAUAGCAUAGACUGCAUUGAGCAGGUCUCCCCUGUGUGUGUGUAUAGAUAAACUUUAAUCUGCUUUCCUCAAAUUGAAAUUUUUCAGUUGCUCAGUAGCCUUAAACAAAAUUUUAUGAAACACUAGCUUUUCUAACCUUCUGAAGACAGUCUUGCAGGGACAUUUUUGACAAACCUCUGACGCCCUCCAGUACCUGCCUAAGUUGACCUAAUAUUGGCUGUCUCAAUUUCUUUGCUGCCCUUACAUUUUAAAAAACUUAGAAAUUUUUCUAAGCUACCUCCCUCUGAACUUUUGACCCACCGUUCUCUCGGGUCCAACCCUGACAUUUUCAUUAGUCUUGCUGAUAAGUGCGGUGGUCAAAUUGAUCUCUACCUUUUAGAAAUAGAACACCGACACUGUCUUCUACCUUCCCCUGGAUCUUCUAAUAUCGAAUCAUAGUUUUCCAGAAAGUUGCUGACCUCCUCUCUUCUUGAGAUUGUCCCCUUUCCCAGCCUACAACCUUCAACCUCAUAGAUGCUUCGUCCCUCCCAGAACCAUGAUAAAAUUCCCCAUGUCCUCACCUUCCAUCCCAAUAGCCACCGCAUUCAACAGAUCAUCCUCUGCCAUUUCCACCACCUCUAACAGUGUCAUCACCAACACAUCUUGCCCCCCCCCCCCCCCUUUCAGCAUUCCAAAGAAAUCAUUCCCUCCUCAACUCCCUGGUUCACUCUUCCAUCACUUCCAACUCCUGCUCCCCUUCCCACAGUGUCUUCCCCCUGCAAGUGGAGGAAAUGCAAUGCCAGCUGUUUCACCUCUCCCUUUCCCAUUACCCAGGGCCCCAAACACUCCUUCGAGGUGAAACAAGGAUUUACUUGCACUGCUUUCAAUUUAGUAUACUGUAUUCUUGGUCACAAUGUAGACUCGUCUACAUUGGGAAGACCAAAUGCAGAUUGGGUUAUAGCUUCGUGGAACACCUUCAUUUAGUCCACAAGGGUGACAUUGAGUUUCCAGUUGCCUGUAAUUUUAAUUCUCUGCCUCAAUCUUAAUCUGACCUUUUGUCUUUGGCCUCCGCCAUUCCAAAGAAGCUCAAGGAAUAGCACCUUGUCUUUCGAUUUAGAUACUUGCAACCUUCAAACUUCAAGUUGAGUUCAAAAAUUUGAGAUCAUAACAAGCAUUCCCAUUUAUUUCAGACAGCAGGUGUUGGCAAUGUUUCUGUUGCCAUUUACACCCCUAAACCCAUUUUUUGGUUAUUUGUCCUGUUACCACCUCUUUGCCUUCCACUGUUGCACAGUUUAGAAGAAACUUUGGUAGUUGCACAGCAACCCAAAUGUUCCUGAGCAGACGUUCACAAGUUGGCCCUUUUCAGUUAUUGCGCAUGUGUGACAACACAAAAUAAUUUAAUGGAGCCCCACACUUAAAUGUCCAUGCACGCCAAAAAAUAUUAAAGGAUAUGUUGACCAUCACCCUUUUUGACAUUGUCAUUUCUGCUUUCUAAGCUGUCACAGAUCUUCCUUUUUGUUCUUUCCAACCCUUCUCUCCCCCCCCCACCCCCGCCACCCCUCAGCCACUGGCCACACUUCUCUUUUCUCUGUCUCUCUACUUGGCUAAAAUCUGUAAUAUUUGAUGAAAGUUCACUGACCUAAAUGUUGACCCUGUUUCUUUCUCUACAGUAUGACUGAGCUGCUGAGUAUUUCCAGCAUAUUCUGUUUAUAUUUCAGAUUUUCAGUAUCCAUAGUAUUUUAUCUUUCCGUUAAAAUAAUCAACUUUCCUUGUGAAAUGCAUCUAAAUAAUUUAUUUAAAAAUGAAAAUGAGUCUUGUUUUUAGUGAAUGGGAUUGAAUUGAUUUUUUUAUAUCAAAAUUGCUUCAACAGUAGAUUUUCAGCUUCUGCAGGGCAAUAAAGUGCAUCAGAAGUUUUCCUGUCACCAAAAUUAUAGGGAUGAAUUUUGUUUUGGCAUCUCCUAUCACAUUUAUAAAUGUGAUUGGUAUAGUCAAAAGAAAUUCUCAACUUUUUGGGGAUUAACGUAAUUAGUCCAUUGUAUUACUUGAAAGUGAGGGGCCAAUUAAGAUGUCAGUAAAGGAAGACAUAUUUGUCUGUCGAACCUAGUUUGGUAAAAAAUAAAUUUCCUUUCUAAAAUAUUUUAAUAUCUAUUUUGAAUAUACUGGGACACAUGCCCUUUUAUUUAAUUACUCAGUAAAUCUUUGUUCUGGGCAUUAGUAAACUCCUUCAUUGCCCAUCUUCCCUUUCCUCCGUGCCCUUCCUGCUCCCACAUAAUUGGGACAUAGAAACAGAAGUAGGUUAUUCAGCCCCUUGAACCAGUUCUACCAUUCAGCUAAAUCAUGGUUGAUCUGUAUCUUAACUCCAUCUACCUAACUUGGUUCCAUAACCCUUAAUACCCUUGCCUAACAAAACUUUAUUGACCUCAGUUUUGAAAUUUAAAAUUGGCUAGCCUCAACAAAUUUUGGGGUAGAGAGUUCCAGAUUUCCACCACCUUUGUGUGAAGAAAUGCUUUCUGACGUGAACCUUGACCAGCCUAGCUCUAAUUUUAAAGUUCAGUCCUUUUAUUAGGAAAUCUCUCAAGAGGAAAUUGUCAUGUGGGCCAUGCUGUGAUAAUUCACAGACUAACUUGACGAAGGGACGAGAAACUAACAGACCCCAACUUUUGUGUACAAUGGGGCUGAUGUCAGUUUUGGGUGCCAGCACUGGAUAGCAACAGAGAACUUCUAACCAUAUGGUGGCCAGAGCCCUUUGGUAUUUAGGACAAAAAGCAUACACUUACUAUAUUUGACCCUUUGCACUACUGAAUUAGCUAGCUCUGGUCUUUAAUUAGAAGACAAUGCAAUACUGUCCAAUUUUGUAUUUAAAACUAAUUUCUACAACGGAUAGAUAAUUUAUUUUUCUUAGUUUUAAUUUCUCCUAUUGAAGGAGCCUUUUUUACUGAACCAUGGUUUCACAUAUACUGUUGGUUUUCCAAGUUACUAUUCUUUAUGCAGUAAAGUUCAGCCGGUUAUUUAAUCAUAAAACCAAUCUCAAUCCUGACCUGUCAUCAUUUGCAUAAUUGUAUCCCAGUAGGGAACACUAUAACUAUCAGAAAUGGGAAUCUUAUCUGUGUUUCUCCUUAUUCAAAGGCACUGGAGUGCAUAUAAUCCUAGCCGAGAUUAUCUAACUCAGUCCAAAGCAGCAAUAGAACUUAGAGCUUCUGUAGUAUAUGGUUGGAUGAUAUACUGCCUUUACCAAUUGACUCAUUGAGAUAAAAUCUAUAAUUAAUAUGUAUGUUGACAUUACAAAACAAAUUUGUUUAUUUGUGUGCCCUAAAAGGGAAAAAGUUAUAUAGUUGUGCUUAUCUUUUGAAGAAUGUUUUAUGAAUCAAGCCGUUGAAUAUUUUGUACCAGCAAUAUGUGAUUAUCUAUUUUGAUUCCUGUACUUGCAUUUGUAAGCGGUAAAAUGUUCUUUUUGUGAAUGUAAUAAAAGUAUAAAGUUGCAUA